AUGGCGACGCACAACAUUGUCGUGUUUGCUGGCGACCACUGUGGUCCCGAGGUCGUCGCGGAGGCUGUCAAGGUGCUCAAGACAAUUGAGGCCAAUAGCCCUUCGGCCGGCAAGUUCAACUUGCAGGAUCACCUCCUCGGCGGUGCCUCUAUCGACGCCACCGGAUCCCCUCUCACUGACGAGGCCCUCGCCGCCGCCAACGGAGCCGAUGCCGUUCUUCUCGGCGCGAUCGGCGGCCCGAAAUGGGGUACCGGCGCCGUCCGCCCGGAGCAGGGGCUUCUCAAGCUUCGCAAGGAAAUGGGCACCUACGGUAACCUGCGCCCCUGCAGUUUCGCCUCCGAGGCCCUCGUCGACUUUUCUCCCCUCAAGGCCGAGGUCUGCCGCGGCACCGACAUGGUCAUCGUCCGGGAGUUGACAGGCGGCAUCUAUUUUGGCGAGCGCAAGGAGGACACGGGCGACGGCAAGGCGUGGGACAGCGAGCCGUACUCGCGCGAGGAGGUUGAGCGGAUCGGCCGCCUGGCGGGCUUUCUUGCCAUUGCCCGCGGCGAGAAGACGGUGUGGAGCUUGGACAAGGCCAACGUGCUGGCGACGAGUAGACUGUGGCGCAAGGUCAUUACGGAGCUGUUCGAGCGGGAGUUCCCCCAGCUCAAGAUCGAGCACCAGCUCAUCGACUCCGCCGCCAUGCUGCUCGUCAAGAGCCCCCGCGCGCUGAACGGUGUCGUUGUUACGAGCAACCUUUUUGGUGACAUCAUCUCCGACGAGGCGAGUGUCAUCCCCGGCAGCAUCGGUCUGCUGCCCAGUGCCAGCCUGAGCGGCAUUCCCGACGGCAAGGGCAAGUGCAACGGUAUCUACGAGCCUAUCCACGGCUCUGCCCCCGACAUCUCCGGCAAGGGCAUCGUCAACCCCAUUGGUACGGUCCUCUCUGUCGCCAUGAUGCUGCGCUACUCUCUCAACCUGCCUAAGGAGGCCAAGGCCGUCGAGGAUGCCGUCAAGGCCGUCAUCGACAACGGUAUAAGGACAAAGGACCUCGGUGGCACCGCCGGCACCCAGGAGGUCGGCGAUGCCAUCGUCACGGAGCUGAACAAGAUCCUCAAGGCAUAG